CAUUUGCUCCAGGUGAUGAGAUUUGCCGUUGAGGAGAUCAACAACUCCACCACCCUCCUGCCAAAUGUCACCCUUGGUUACCAGCUGUUUGAUCACUGCUCCAACACUCUGACCUUCCCAUCCAGUCUGCAGUUCCUUUCCCACAAUGCCUCUGUCAAAGCCAAGGAUGACUACUACCUCUACCUGCCUAAAGUCAUAGGAGUCACUGGACCCUUGAGUAGCUCUGAGAGUAUAACCCUCGCUCCACUCUUCAUGACGGACCUCAUCCCAAUGGUCAAUUAUGGAGCCUCCAGUAGCGUUUUCAGUGACAAAGGGGUAUAUCCUUCGUUCAUAAGGACCGUACCAAGUAACAAAGAUCAGAUUCAACUCAUCGUCCACAUCAUAAAGCACUUUGGUUGGAACUGGGUGGCGUUCAUCGGCUCCGAAUCCGCUUACAGCCUGGAUGGCUUUCAACUGUUUUAUAAACUGAUUCAAAGCACGGGCAUCUGUUUGGCGUACUACGAGCUUCUGUCUAACAAGUCACAGCUAAAACCAAUAUUUGACAAAAUAGACAUGCUCCACGUUAACGUCAUUAUCCUUUUCCUUGAUGAGCUGAAGGCUGAAGAGGUCAUCGCCGCGGCAAUACGACACAAAUUCCGAGCGAAAGUCUGGAUCGCUGGUGAGGCCUGGUCCAUGUACCAGCCCCUGACCAGACUGCCGGGGAUCGAGACCAUCGGCACCGUCAUCGGAGUGACGCCGAGAGUCGGCGCUCUCCCUGGCUUCACCGACUUCAUCCAUCAGUCGAGAACGGGAGGCCACGCCGGAGCUGGCCUAUCAGACAGUGCCGUUUGCAAUCAGGACUGUGAGACAUGUUCUUCGCUAAACCCUGAGGACAUUAUCAGUGAAAGCACAGCCUACUCCUUCUCUGUCUACUCAGCUGUGUACACCAUGGCGAUGGCCCUGCACAACGCUCUACAGUGCAACAACUCAGGGUGUGAUAAGAGUCGCACAGUCUACCCCUACAUGAUUCUUCAAGAGAUCAAGCGCUUGCCCGUGUUCCCCUUGAGCCAACUGUAUGUGUCCUUUGACGAGAGCGGAGACCCGCCUGCACAUUACUCUGUCAUCUUUUGGGACACCACCCACAGCGGUCUAGCCAAGAUCCGUCCGAUUGGCACGUAUGACAACCAUCCGUCGGUGAACCUGACUAUUGAUGACACGCAGAUCCACUGGCAUGGCGACGGCUUGGUGCCGUUCUCCAACUGCUCUGUUGAGUGUCGGUCAGGACAUGUGAGGCAGCAGGAUGGUCAGCAUGAGUGUUGUUUCUCGUGUGUGCAGUGCUCCACUGACCAGUACGCCAACCACUCAGCGGACCUGUACUCCUGCCUGGCCUGUGAUGAGUUUGAGUGGUCCGAAGCUGGUAGCACCACCUGCCAGAAACGUUCUGUGGAAUACCUCCCCUUCUCCGAUGUCUUCUCUAUUCUCGUCCUGGUCUCCGCAUCCUCUCUCAUAGCCCUGUCUCUGGCGGUGACGGUGCUGUUUGCGAUUCACCGCUCCACACCUGUAGUGCGGUCAGCAGGGGGCAGUAUGUGCUUCCUGAUGCUGGGCUGCAUGGCUGGUUCUGCCGCCAGCGUCUGCUUCCACUUCGGCGAGCCGUCAGCUCUCAGCUGUGCGCUCAGAAACACGGCCUAUAUCUACUUCUACACCGCGUGCCUCUCCUGCCUGACCGUCCGCUCCUUCCAGAUCAUCUGCGUCUUCAAGAUGGCCGCCCACCUGCCCAGAGCACAUGCAUUGUGGGUAAAGUACAGUGGUCAGUGGCUGGUGGUGGCUGGGGUGUCACUCCUCCAGCUCGUGUUCUUUGGCAUCGAGAUGGCAGCCGCUCGCCCCGUACCGGUCAGUGACACAUCGUCCUUCAAAGACCUGGUGGUUCUAACAUGCUUUUCGAAAAACACAAUCCCUGCAUUUUUCUCUCUAUUCUUCAUGGGUGGUGUCAGUGCCCUUUGCCUCCUUUUCUCCUACAUGGGAACAGACCUGCCCAAGAACUACAACGAGGCCAAAGCCAUCACUUUCAGCAUCCUGCUGUGUCAUCUGAGCUGGGUCAUUUUCGUCACGGCUGACGUCAUUUCACGGAGCAAGUACGUACAGUUUGUCAAGGCUGUGUCUGAGCUGAGCAGUUUGUACGGCAUCAUGUUCAGCUACUUCAUCCCAAAGUCCUUCAUCAUUGUCUUUCAUCCUCUGAAGAACACACAGGAGUAUUUCCAAGCUGCGAUUCAGAGUUACACACAAACUAUUAGUAGAAUGUAG